AUGUUCAAGUUGUUGAGGGAACUUCGAUCACUUGUCUCCAGCAUUGCUAUCAUUGUGUGUGUGUGCAUGUCUUUGUUGAAUCAAGCUUCCCAAAAAACAGCCUUGGUUGCUGCCGCCACCACCACCACCAUCACUACCGCCACACUUGGUGGAAAUGGUACCGAUUACUUAGCCUUGCUUUCCAUCAAGGCUCAAAUAACUAAUGAUCCAAUGCUAGUCACAAGCUCAUGGAAUGAUUCUCUCCAUUUCUGCCUGUGGGAAGGUGAAAUUCCUCAUGAAAUGGGCAGCCUAUUUAGGCUGCAAGUUCUAAACUUGACCCAUAACUUGUUGGAAGGACAAAUUCCAGCAAACCUCUCAAGCUGCAACAACUUGAGGAGGCUCAGUUUAGGCUACAACAAGUUCAUAGGAAAUCUUCCUAUUGAGCUUGGUUCAUUGAACCAAUUGGUGCAUCUUUAUAUGAACUCCAACAAUUUGAGUGGAGCAAUCCCACCUUCUUUUGGGAACCUUUCCUCUCUCAAACUUUUCUCCAUAUCAGAGAACAUGUUGGAGGGAAGUAUUCCAAACUCGCUAGGGAGCCUAAAAAGCUUGAGAUAUCUUUCAUUCAUCUCAAAUAAAAUAUCAGGUAUGAUUCCUCCAUCUAUCUAUAAUAUCUCAUCAUUGACAGCUUUGGAGGCACGAGUAAAUCUACUUGAAGGAAGUCUUCCUCAAAAUUUAGGCCUCACUUUGCCAAAUAUUAAAAGGCUUAAUCUUGGGAAAAACCACUUAAGUGGAUCAAUUCCACUUUCAAUAGCAAAUGCUUCAAAACUUGAACACCUUAUAUUGUCGGCGAACAAACUUUAUCCUAGAGUGGCUGUUAAUUUUGGAAAUUUAAAGAAUCUCUUGUGGCUAAGUUUAUUUGAGGAUGGUUUGGGAACUGGGGAUGCUAAUGACCUUAAUUUCAUUCUAACUUUGGUCAACUGUAGCAAAUUGAGGAUAUUGAGUUUAGACGCCAAUAAUUUUGGAGGUGUUUUGCCCAAUUCUUUAGUGAACCUCUCAACCCAACAUCAUAUAUCUGGAAACAUUCCAGUAGACUUUGGAAAUCUUGUGAGCUUAAAUGCUGUAGAUAUGAGCUAUAAUCGAUUGACAGGAACUAUUCCAACCUCUAUCGGUAAACUUCAUAAGAUUCAAGAAUUGGGUUUUGGUAAAAACAAAUUGUCUGGGGAAAUACCUUCCUCCAUUGGAAAUUGGACACUAGCGAACCAGCUUUGGUUAGAAGAAAAUGAUUUUCAGGGAAACAUACCAUCAAGUCUUGGAAAUUGCAUAGAUUUGAUACUAUUGCAUCUUUAUGGUAACAAUCUGUCUGGUAGCAUACCUCGAGAAGUAAUUGGUAUCUCAUCUUUAUCAAAAUCUCUGGACUUGUCUCGAAACUCUCUAACCGGUCCCAUUCCUCCGGAAGUCGGUAGCUUGAAAACUCUCGUUGAACUAAAUCUUUCUUAUAACAAGUUAUCUGGUAAAAUUCCUAGCAGCCUUGGUAGUUGUAAUACUUUGGAAUACCUUUUUUUGGACAACAAUUCAUUAGGAGGAGCCAUUCCACAAUCUUUGAGUUCUCUAAAGGCCAUUGAAGAAUUAGGUCUCUCACACAAUAACCUCUCAGGUGAAAUUCCAAUUUUUUUUGAAAAGUUUCCCUUUUUAAGGAAUUUAAACCUUUCUUUCAAUAAUCUAGAGGGAGAGGUACCAGUAAAGGGAGUGUUCCAAAAUGCAAGUGCAAUUUCAAUUUCAAGAAAUAACAAGCUCUGUGGGGGUAUACCUGUACUACAAUUGCCAACAUGUGCUCCUAAAAAACCAAGAAAGUUAAUUAUUCCCAUAGUUUUUGGGGUUUUGGGUAUUAUUUUGGCAUCAUCUAUUUUAAUCCUUUGUUGCCUUAGAAAGAUGAGAAAACAAUCUCUGGUGGCAUCUUCUUUGAUGGAUUCAUCUGGGAAUAUCUCAUACAGAGAUCUCCUCAAAGCAACGAAUGGGUUCUCUUCAGACAACUUGAUUGGCACAGGAAGCUUUGGUUCAGUAUACAAAGGAAUUCUUCAUCCAAAUGAAAAGACUAUUGCAGUGAAGGUACUCGACCAACAAAAUGUAGGAGCUUCAAAAAGUUUUCUGGCUGAAUGCAAAACUUUAAGAAACAUUAAACAUCGAAACCUCAUCAAGAUUAUAAGUGUUUGUGCAAGUGUUGAUUUUCAAGGUAAUGACUUCAAAGCCCUUAUAUAUGAGUUCAUGGAAAAUGGGAGCCUUGAAAGUUGGUUGCAUCCAGUUUCACAAACAGGUACUACCCAUAAGCAACCAAAAAGUUUAAACCUUCUUCAGCGAUUAGGCAUAGCAAUUGAUGUGGCUUCUGCUUUGGAUUAUCUUCACAACCAUUGCCAUGUCCCAAUCAUACAUUGUGAUAUAAAGCCAAGCAACAUUCUUCUUGACAGUGAUAUGACUGCCCAUGUCGGUGAUUUUGGUUUAGCAAGGCUUCUACAAAAUCGCAACAAUGAAGUUUCUCAUAGCCAAAAUAGCUCUGUUGGUAUAAAAGGAACCAUUGGAUAUGCAGCACCAGGUAAUCUACAAUAGGAGAAAAUAUUGUGUGACUGGUAAACUGAGGUGGUGUACAAGUCCUCCUAAAACCACCACCUCAGUGUA